AGGAAAUAUGUGGUGACGAAGGUGAAGCAUGCCAGUUUGGCAUGGACUUCGGGAGUGCUUAUGGGCGACACUAUCCACUCCAUCAAUGGCACGACUGUCAACAAGAAUACAGAGUUAAAGGAGGUGUACAAAAUGAUGAAAACUCAAACCCUGCGGAUGGUGGUUUCAUCGGUGUCCGAGCCAAAGGUCGAGACCACAGAAGUAGGCAGCCCGUCAAGGAAAAAGAGCUCUUUUUCGUUGGGUCAGUUCACAAGGUUAAAUCUCCGCCGUUCCAAAAGUGAAUUAAAUAUCCCGGCCUCGCCGGACGCAGGCGACAGUGUACAAUCUCAACAAUCACCGGAUGCCUCUCCAGCGAUGAAGCGCAGUGAUUCAAACGGCAUGCUUGCGGGUUUACUAUCGCCCUUGCGCGCCCAUAGGCAGCGUAGUGCCACGGUGGUCAGCCCGUCCUCUGGGACCAAAUCAGGGCUGAACCCCGACAGUGCUAAAGACCAGACCCAAUCACGCAGGCGGAAUAGGGCCGGCACUAUAACACCCGUGGUAGCCCCUGAGUUGACCCAGCCGUUGGCUGUGCCAAAGGGCCGGCGAAUCCGCAGUGCUAGUGUGGGAGCACAGGCACCUGCGCCUGCGAUAGAGAAGAAUGGAUCGCCCCUGCACCAGGUGAUUAAUUUGGGCGUGAAGAAUGCCGACAAAAGUCCUCUGACGAACGGCGUGGCAUGUAGUCAGAGGCGAAGCGAAGCUAUGCCAGAUGAACCCCCCCCUGUAUACACAUUACAUACAUCGCCUGCAGAUAACAGCGGUGCGGGGGCGGCGUCUUCCGGUCAAAAAUCUGAGAAUCAGUCAAGCACGCAGAAAGAUAAACCAUCCCAUCCCGUGUUUUAUUAGGUGCACAGUAGCGUGAUCGAUCACGCAUUUACAAUGAUAUACUUAGGUUUCAUGUGGGAGAGAACAAAUAAAGAGCUAACGUUAUGCGCACCUAGAUUUCGAGUGCUACAUGCAA